ACGCGCAGACGCAGAUACCAGAACUGUCUUUCCUCUACAGGGGGUGGGGGCGGGAGGAGGCUGUUAAAGGGUUUCACGCUUGCGCCUGGUGCUGAUUGGUGCUAAGCGCCUGCGCGAUGAGGAGGAGGGAAGACGGCGGCCUGACGGGGUCGGAUGGCGCCUGCGUACUGAGGCGAGACGUUCGGCUGCCUGGCUCCGGUGGCUCCUGGGCCUUGGCGGUAGCAGCAGCGGUGGCGGCUCCGGCAGCCGCGGCGGGAGGUGGCGGCGGCGGCGGCGGCUGUUCAUCGUACUCGCCCUCUUCCGCCGGGGGCAGUAGCGGUGUCUCGGUCGGCGCCGUCGGCGGGACCGUCGCGGGCGAGCGGGGGAAGAUGGCGGAGCUGGGGAAGAAGUACUGUGUGUACUGCCUGGCCGAGGUGAGCCCGCUGCGCUUCCGCUGCACCGAGUGCCAGGACAUCGAGCUAUGCCCCGAGUGCUUCUCGGCCGGCGCCGAGAUCGGCCACCACCGGCGCUGGCACGGCUACCAGCUGGUGGACGGCGGCCGCUUCACGCUGUGGGGGCCCGAGGCCGAGGGUGGCUGGACCAGCCGAGAGGAGCAGCUCCUGCUCGAUGCCAUCGAGCAGUUCGGCUUCGGCAACUGGGAAGAUAUGGCUGCUCAUGUUGGGGCUUCUCGGACACCUCAAGAAGUGAUGGAACACUAUGUAAGCAUGUACAUCCAUGGAAACCUUGGAAAAGCCUGCAUCCCUGACACCAUCCCUAAUAGGGUAACAGAUCAUACAUGUCCCAGCGGAGGACCCUUGUCUCCCAGUUUGACAACACCUUUGCCUCCUUUAGAUAUAACUGUUGCUGAACAGCAGCAAUUAGGGUACAUGCCACUGCGGGAUGACUAUGAGAUUGAAUAUGACCAAGAUGCAGAAACUUUGAUUAGUGGACUCUCAGUAAACUAUGAUGAUGAUGAUGUGGAAAUAGAGCUCAAGAGAGCGCAUGUGGACAUGUAUGUUAGAAAACUCAAGGAGAGACAAAGACGAAAGAAUAUUGCUAGAGACUAUAACUUAGUGCCUGCCUUUCUUGGGAAAGAUAAAAAAGAUAAGGAAAAGUCAAUGAAGCGUAAAAUUACAAAAGAUGAGAAGGAGAUACGGGUAAAACUGAGGCCUUUGUACCAGUUUAUGUCCUGUAAAGAAUUUGACGACUUCUUUGAAAACAUUCACAAAGAAAAAAUGCUCCGAACAAAAAUUCGAGAACUACAGCGAUACCGUCGAAAUGGAAUCACCAAAAUGGAAGAGUCAGCAGAAUAUGAAGCUGCCAGGCAUAAACGGGAGAAGAGGAAAGAAAACAAGAACAUAGCCAACUCUAAAAGAGGAAAGGAAGAUGGAAAAGAUGGAGAGUUUGCUGCAAUUGAAAAUCUCCCUGGCUUUGAGCUCUUGUCUGACAGGGAGAAGGUGCUUUGUAGUUCUUUAAAUUUGAGCCCAGCUCGUUAUCUAACUGUGAAAACUAUUAUCAUAAAAGACCAUCUCCAGAAACGUCAGGGCAUACCAUCUAAAAGUCGCCUUCCCAGUUAUCUUGACAAAGUUCUCAAGAAAAGGAUUUUAAAUUUUCUUACAGAAAGUGGUUGGAUAUCUAGGGAUGCUUCCUGAAACAAGAAUUCUUUGAAAGUGGAAAUGGUAUCCAAAAGCUCAUGAGCCAAAAUGACGAGGGUUUGAAGGGAAUAGGAAGAGGAAGUUAUUUGUUUUGUUUUUUUCAGUGUUGCUCUAUUUAAUAUGAUUUGAGGAUUUCCUUUUCAAAGUGUGAACUCCGUGGUUCUCUGAAAGAAGCAAUAGUAGCAAUCUUUUAGUGGAUCAUGAGGGAAAAUACAUUUUAACUUCUUCGGUAGUCUUAAAGAUAAAUGCUUUGAAAUGGUCAUAUUGCCCUUAAGUAUUUAGUCAGGAUUCUGAUAUUUAGCUUAUUAUGAGAUUGGAUGAUUUCCUGUGUUCUCCUGAGAUCUUUGCCUACUGGGAAGAAAGGGAGACUGGGUAAGAAGAAUUAUUUUUCCUGUUGACCCUGAUACAUUAGUUAUGAUGGGCAGGGACUAUUUUCAGGAUGUGUUCUUGUUUUAUUCUCCUUCUAUUUUGGUUUCUCUUGUGCAGACAGUGCUACCAGCCAUCUGAAGUCCUUGCUCCAUGUUGGCCACUGGCAUAAAGCACUUUAAAAAGGAGCAGUUUGGUACACAUUCACUGCCAACAUCCUGAACUGAUGGGGGGUAUUCAAUAGGAAAUAGGCUGACUAAGAUGUGAGUGGCUCAAAUGAUAAUGAGAUAAUAGAGCAGACAGGAUGGCAAAGCACACUGGUGCCUUGAAGACUGAGAAGAGGUAGAUAGAAGGAAAGUAGUCAUUGAUUGUUAGCAGCAGACAGUGAGGUUUUUGUGGUUUGUCCAAAAUCCUGAAGCUGACAUUUAGGAAAGGUAUUUUUUUCUCAUUCUAAGAUCACAUUGAUGUAGACCACACUGCUUUAGACAAGCAGGAGGCACUCUAAUAAAAAAAAUAUGUCUUUAGCCCAGUCCAUUGCUAAUGGUCCCCCUCUGGUACAUUUGGGGACACUGUUGAGUGGUUAAUCUGAAACAUUAUAAAAUUGCAAAAGGAGUUCAGAACUAGGCUUCUUAGUGCCAUCUUUCUGCUGACCCUCUGCAAGACUGAUUACUAAUUUGUUCUAAAUAUUUGCUGUCUCCUUGCAUGUGACUUGGGGGCACAUGUCGGAGUUAAGGAUAAGACCACCCUUAGCACAUUCCAGUUCUUUUGCUGCUCUCUUUCCUAUUGUACACUAUAGUUCAUUGAAAAGAUAAUUGGACUAACCUGGCCAAAAGUAUUACACUGUAUGUCACUUUGUUGAGAUUCUAAGGGCUACAAACUCCCCAACCUUUAUUUAUUAAAGUCAGAAAAUUCUGAUCCAACAUAUUUACUAAGGAGAUUCUUAAAAGAUUUAGCAGAGAGGAAGUUAAAAUGAGAUUGCUUUUUCAAAACUGUUGAAACGGGGUGUAGUGUAAUAGAAUCAUUAGAAACCUUCAUGAAAGUGCCCAUACCAUUUCAUUUCUCAUUCCUUAUUUUUCAGUCUAAAUAAAAACUAAAUGUCUUCCUUCUCCAACUCUCCAUUUGAUAAGUUUGGCUUUCUUGUGGACUUCUUUACUUUGGAUACUCUCUGUGAGCUACUAAGUCUUUAGUUUUCUUUCCUCAAGUAUCCAAGACCCAUGUUUUAAAUCAUGGGAGUUUUGACUACUUCAUACUUGAAUGAAUCCUCUUCCCCUCUUCAACUCUAACUUGUCCUCCUCUCUCCAUACAUACUGAAUUCUGUAGAAGGAAUAGAAGUGAGAUUGUUUAUAUACCAGUAUAUUAUUGGCUUGGGGUUUCAAAAGUAGAUUUGUUUGAAAGGAAAAAAAAAAUCCUCAGUCUUUCUAAGGUAAGGUGAAUUCUAUAAUUAAGGUGCUUUAUCUUCUCUUUUUCAUGUAUACUAUUUCCUGAUCCCUCCUACUGAAAAGAGUAAAUUUUCAGCAUUAAAUAAAACAUCUCCAAAAUGUUAUUUAUGAUCUUAGUUAUGAGGUACAUUGUAUAUUGUUGGCAGAUAAGCUUUAAAUAUUAUUUAAGCUGAUGAAUUCUCCUUUGGCAAUAUAGAUGCUUUCUCUAAGCAAUAGUUAUAAUUUGGUGUGUAAAAGGAACAGCUCUGAGAACCACAUCCACCAUUUGUCCUGCAGGCCAAAUGUUAAGGGCUGAAACUGGUUGCUGUCCACUGUUGAACGUUGAAAAAGGGGAGAUGGUGCUAAGUUUUUAUUAUAGUCUUAGCCAUUCUGGUGCCUUUAAUUCAUCCAUCCUGAGUAUGAACUGCAUCAGACACUGGCUUAUUCAUGUGGUUUUAAAAUUAGUCCAAUUUUUAUAUUUAAAAUGACUACCAGACUUCCAGGAAGUUUGAGAAGCAAUAGGGAUUCCAUGGGUAAACUGCUCCUGAAUAUGUAUGACCUAGGCAAACAGCUGUCAUAUGAAAAACUUAAUGCUUCAGGCUUUUUCAUCUGUAUAUAUUUUUGAAAGCAUGAAGAAUUCAUAUAGGUUUGACUUUUUAAAAACAUCAUAAUGAAUGUAUCAUUAACAGUAUGUGAAAGUAUUAACACUUAGCUAAAAGGGAAACUCUUUUGUCUCUUAUUCCUCAACCCUCCCCAGCUAGUAGGUUGUGUCAUACUCAGCCUUGACUUUGGCUGUUACUUCAGAUCCACUUAAAAAUUAUCAGAUUAACUCAUAGUAAAAAAUGAUUUAUUUGGAUCCCACUAAAGCUUGUUCUUCAAAACUGAAAAUCAUUUAAAUAUAUACUUUUAGUUACACAUCUCAGUAGUUAUACAGUUAAAGAAUGAUCUUGAAAUCGCCCCAUUUAGUUGCCAGUAUAUCGAAGGUAGUGUUUUUUUUUUAAUGUUUUUUCUUUGGAUGGCAUAUUUCACAAGAUUAUUUAAAAUUACAUACUUUAUUAAAAACAUUUCCCCUUAAAACUGAAGCCAAGAUUACUACAUCACCAUAAAGGUGCUUUUUCCACACUCACCUAUUAGACAUAGACCUUUGUCAGAACUUGAAUGUAGGUGAAACUGUAGUCUGACUCCUGAUCAGAAAUGAAGACAGGUUUUAUGUGUGAAAUGAGAGAGCAAUUUUGAGUUUACAGCCCUUCCUCCUCCUUCUCCCUUAGCCCUAGCCUUUUAAAUCUUCGGUUUUCAUGCAUUUUUCAGAGUUGUCUGUCCUGGAUCAUGCCUGCAGAAGGCACACUCAAGUAAUGCAUGCACUGCUCCAGUCAAGAGGUAACAACAGCUCAAAAUAGCAUUUUGGACAGGUGUUUAAAUUUGAGACAUUAGUGCCAAACUAGAACUUUUUCAGACCUUCAGUGAAGUGUUUUCCGUUACUAGAAAAUUCCUGGGUUGGGCUAGGUAUCUCUGUAGGUACAGUCCAGAACUUAAGUCAGUGAAAGAGCUGCUUCUCGCUGAGCCAGUCUGCAGUAUUCCAAGAUGGCCUAUGAAGGAUUCACACAACGUAUUUGCGAUAAGGCUGACAGUCAUGUUUUAAUUGUUCCUUUUCUGAAGUUUGCUGUUUUGGCAGUGUCCAUACUGUUUGACUUAUCCAUGAUGCAAUUAUGCAAGAUCCAAAUAAUUGUUGUUGUGAAUAGAAAAGUUGAAAAGGUCAUUGUUUAAUUUUUCAAUGUAAAUAUGUACAUAAUUAAAAUGAUUUGUUUCAUA